GAGCCUACGUUCGGCACUCCGGAGGACUUCGCUCAUGCUAUCGAGGAGUUGAAGGGUGCCUUGGAGAAGGGCAGCGUGUCGACGGAUCGGGAGGAUUUGUUUAUUCAUGGGUUCUCGGCGAACGAUCAUCAUCCAGAUGCACCUCAUAGCGUCGUGGUGUACCCCUCUUCGACUGAAGAUGUCGUCAAGAUCGUUAAAAUCGCAACCAAACAUCGUAUGCCCGUUACGCCAUAUUCAGGAGCUACAAGUUUGGAAGGGCACUAUCGUGGGCAUUCCACUGGCGGUAUCUGUGUUGAUAUGAACAAUAUGGAUAAAAUACUCGAAAUUCACGAGGCUGAUUCUGACUUGGUAUGCCAGCCUGCAGCGGGGUGGAUGGAUAUUAACGACACUCUCAAACAAAAAGGGAUACCCCUCUUCUUCCCAAUUGACCCAGCUCCAAGCGCCACGAUCGGCGGUAUGUUAAGUACAGGGUGUUCUGGAACAAACGCCGUUCGCUAUGGUACAGCUAAAGGCGAAUGGUUUUUGAACGCUACCGUCGUGCUUCCAUCAGGAGAGGUCAUCAAGACGCGGCGUAGAUCUAGAAAGUCAUCCGCCGGGUUCGACACGACGAAAUUGUUCAUCGGAGCCGAGGGGACAUUGGGGAUUGUCACAGAAGUUACCAUCCGCCUGGCGCCCCUGCUCCCCACCUCCGUUGCAGUCGUACAGUUCCCAGACGUGCGCAAGGCGACUGAGGCCGUGAGAGAGGUGAUGAACCGCGGAGUUGGCAUCCAAUGCGUGGAACUCGUAGACGACGAAUUCAUCCGCGCGACCAAUAAACUUGGGAUGUCAAAGCGUAAAUGGCCCGUAAAAGACAGCCUAUUCUUCAAGUUCCAAGGCCACUCCAAGGAAUCCCUAAAAGACACUGCGAGAGUCGUCAAAGAAGUGGUGGAACAAGCCCGAUUUGGGGGGACUGGGUUCCAGGUCGCCCACGAUGAGCAAGAGGCAAGUGAUAUAUGGGCAGACAGGAAGAACGCGCACUAUUCUUCGUUGGCGCUUAUAGAGGGGAGUAAAGGGUGGCCGACUGAUGUUUGUGUCCCGGUAUCGAAACUUCCGGACUUGGUAUACGAUACCAAGAAGGAUUUGGCCGAGUUCGGACUGGUAUCUACGAUCGUUGGCCAUGUAGGAGAUGGGAAUUUCCAUGCGUUGAUAUUGUUCAAGACCGACGAGGAGAAGGCUAAGGCGGAACAGGUGAUUCAUCGGAUGGUCAAGCGAGCAAUAUCAAUGGAUGGUACUUGCACAGGGGAGCAUGGAGUUGGCAUUGGGAAGAAAGAAUAUCUAGUUGAAGAAUUGGGCGCUGGAACUGUGAAGCUUAUGAGGACGAUAAAAGACGCUAUUGAUCCGUUGGGGUUGUUCAAUCCUGGAAAG